AUGAAGCCUUGCCUGCUCCCCAGCCUCCUACUGAUAGGUCUUGCUGCUCAGGCUGGGGCUGCCUCUCGGAGCCUGGAACACUUGCUUUCUCAGGCGCGGGAGCUGUCUGCAGCAGGGCAGCAGCAUGCUGCAGUUCAGAGCGUCCAGGAGGCCCUUCGACUGGAGCCGUCGAGUCAAGAAGCACAUCACUUCUUGGGGCAACUCUUGGCCUCUCUCGGGGACUUGGCAGCUGCCAGGCAGAGUUUUGCAGAGGUCACACGUUUGAACCCCACUUCGGCAGGCGCCUGGGCCAAUCUAGGCUACAUCCAGUCUGUCGCCGGCAGCAGGCCGUCAGACGUCGAGAAGAGCUACCAGACCGCCCUGCGGCUUGAGCCCGAGCAUCUGAAAUCCAUCAAAGGCCUCGCCGAGCUGAAACAGGCCCAGUCGGAUUAUGCUGGCGCCGAGAAGCUGCUGCUAGAGGCACUGGAGAAGGCAAAAGCUCCAGCUCCGUCUCUGUAUGUGAGCUUGGCAUCUCUUUAUGAAGAUCUUGGGAGGGAUGGCGCAGCGGCAAAGGCUUACAAGGCAGCCCUUAAGCUCGAUGCCUCCAUUGGCCUCGCCCACCUCGGCUUAGGGCGGCUGCAGCACAAGCAUGGCAAGUUGCGGGCAAGCGAGAAGAGCUACCGCAAGGCCAUCGAAUUCGUACCGGAGGAGUGCGAGCGCUUCGACAUUUACAAGUGGCUUGGUAUUUUCUUGGCAGCGCGGGGGGCCAACGAAGAAGCCACGAAGGUCUUGACACGUGCCGUGCAGCUGCGGCGGGAGGCAGGCCGGCUCACAAGCUCGCUCAUCAUGAACUUGCCAGAUGAGGCGCUGAAGCUGCCCUUGGCCUUGGCAGCCGUUCGAUCACUGGAGUCGGACGAAGCCUGGCUUGUUCCGUUUCUCCUCGAGUCUGUGGCAGUGUUCGGGCUGUCGCAGAACCGGCUCGGCAGCGCUUCAUCCUUUGGCUCAGUUUGGUUCACAGGAUUUCGCCGGGUGAUGGAGACAGCCCACGCGCACUCGUCUCGGAUGGCCAGCGAGCGCCCACUGACCUUCGUCAUGGGAAGUGGCCUGGGAGAGCAAUGCUUCUUCGCGGCUGCUUUGGGGAUGUCCUGCGUGGGCUACGAGGUGCUUUGCAAUUCAACGGUGAGUCAGGCCCGUCGCAUUGUAUCCGAGCACAAGUUGGAGCAGCUCUCGAUCAGACAUCUUUGUGGUAGUGCAGUAGAGAGCGAGGGCUUGGAAGAAGCAGCGGCUGUCUUUCUCAACGACUCUUGGAUGUCACUCAAUGCAACAUUGUAG